ACCAUGAAGACUAUUAUCUUCGUUUUAGCUCUGAUCGGCUUGACUCUUGCAGCCCCGAAGUCCUCCAGACCACACUUCCGUCGUAGCUCCAAACAAAUCAAUCCAUCACCAAGAGUUGUAGGAGGAAACAUUGCAGAACCUCAUUCCUUACCAUAUCAAGUUUUUCUUGAAUUUUAUACUGAAACUUAUGGAAAGUACUGCGGUGGUUCCCUCAUUUCACAAAACUAUGUUCUAACAUCUGCAUCGUGUGCUAAUGGUACCGUCGAGGUGUUGGUAACUCUUGGUGCUCACAAUAUCUAUCUCACAGAACCCACCCAAAUCAACGUUUACAGCACAGACAUUAUCGUUCAUGAAGGUUUUAACGAAGAUUAUGGGUGGGAUAAUGACAUCGCUGUUGUUAAACUCCCGAAAAGUAUCAGUUACACUGAUGCCAUCCAACCAGUUGCACUACCAAAAAGAGCUGAUAUUGCUAGAGAGUACGUCGGACAAGUGGGACGAAUUGCCGGGUGGGGCUCAGAUGAUGGUUUUUGGGACGCAAUAUUCGAUGUUUUACGAUAUUUUGAUACUACUGUUAUAAGCAGUGACGAUGAAGAUUGUCGGUUGUAUAUAACGCCGAUAGACAUGUUUUGCACUGCUGGAGAGUACAAUGGUACCUAUGUAGGUCCUUGUAAUGGAGACCAAGGCAGUGGUUUUGUAUCGGAUGGGGUUCUUAUUGGAAUAAAUGCCUUUAAUGUUUAUUGUUUGGAAGGUAUGCCUGGAUUUCAUACCAGGGUUGCCACCUACUUGAAUUGGAUUAGUGAUAAUACUGAUGCUAUUAUAAAAUAA